AUGGACGUUGAUGUAAAACAAGGUCGCCUAAAACCAGUCCGCAGAAAUGGACUAGUGAAUGGAAUCAAUCCUUAUUAAUCUCUGAGUUGGAUAUACGCUCUAUUCGAUAUAGUUAUAGCAUACAUAUUUGCUUUCCAAUUCGAAGAUCAAGGAGUUAAGGUAUUUAUGAUUUCAUUCAGGAACUCCAAUUGAUACUUCUUACAGUAAUAGUUACUUGCAUCACUUAUUCUUGUCUUAGAGCCACAUUAAUAGAUCCUACAGAUUCAGUCGUAAAGGAAGAGCAAUUAUCAAAACUACUUGGGUAAUAUUAAAUAAUUGAUAUUCAAAAAGCAAAGAAUUUAAGACAGAUAUAAAAUCAUAUUGUUUGGUAUGCUAAGCACAUGUUUAAGAGAAAACAAAACAUUGUUGGACCUGUAAUAAGUAUAAAAUUCUAGUUAUUAGAUGCGUAUCAAAAUUUGAUCACCAUUGUAUUUGGCUAAAUAGUUGUAUUGGAGACUAGAAUUACUUAUAUUUCUUUAUUCUAGUGUCAUCCUUAGUCGCACUCAAGUUAUUCAGAUUAGGCUAAGAUUUUAAAUUGCUUUAUCUUUAAACUAAUUUUGAGAUUUUAGUUUAUAUUUGUAUUUCGGUAGACCCUCCUGUAUUUAUUGUAUUAACAUACUUAUUAUCUAUGCAUCUAUAUUUCAAGUAAGCACCUUCCAUUAUUUCUAGAUGGAACAAUAUAUCUACUUACGAAUACAUCAAGUCCAAAAAAAUAUCUAAAGAUCAAAUGAUAAAAACAUAAAUUAUAUAGAAAAAAUAGAUUCAGAAUGAAAGCACUACUGGUUAUGGAUUAUUAUUAUCAACAUCAAAGCGUUUCGAUUUGAAAUCACAACUAUCCUUAAAAACUGGAGAUUAAAAGUCAUCUAAUCUAAACUAUUUCUCGAAUAAGCAAGAAGAAGACAAGAAAAACAAUUAAUAAACAGAACCAUAACUCAUACAAAUUCCAAGCUUAUUUACAUCAAAACCUACUACUCCUGGAAAUGAUUAAGAUAAAAAUUAAAAGAUUUCUGAAUUGUCAAAACCAAAAGAUUUGGAUGAUUUGAAGGACAAAUAGAUUUAUAAGUAAGUUAUAGUUGAGGAUUCAGAACCAUAGUUAAAUGAUAGUUCUGAAGAUGAUGAUGAUGAUGUUGAAGAUGAUCAUUUUAAUCACGAGAAGCAUCAUCAUUGUCCUCAAAAUAGCCAUACAUCUGAUAUACCUUAUAAUCUAGAAUAAAUAAAUCUUAAAGUCGAUUAAGUAAACCAAACAGAUAUGGUGAUCAAAUAAGAAUUAGAGUCCGUUCUUGAUAAAGAAUCAGUGAAUUAAGAAAGUGAAUCAAAUUAAUGGUCUCUUCAAGUUAACAAACCUCCUACACCUUCAAAAUUUUAUACACCUGCAUAAGAAUUACAUGGUAAUUAAAAUACAAUGAUAUGUCUAAAUAACUAAAAGUCUUUAUCAGAUAAUCGAACUCAAUGAAUUUUGAUUUUAAUAAUAAUUAAGUAAAUAUUUUUACGCCAAUAUAUAAAUGAAUACUCCUCUUAUUGAAAGCUCCAAGGUUUCAGUAAAGUGGAGAAAAAUAAAGUGCUA